AUGGAAUUAGGUUCAAUAUUUCAACUUUUACCCACGGAAAUACGACAGGAAAUAUUUAAAAACUUUGACCUCGGUACAUUGUUCAACUUUUUACGUCUUAACCGACAAUCAUGCCGUGAAAUUGUACCGAUUCUCUGGGCAGAACCAUUUCGAGAUGCACCAAUAAUGCUUGAAAGCAAAACCUCAUCUUACGUUCAAUUACAAAAAGUGGUGAAUGUCUAUGCAGGGAGCUUUCCGAACAGUACAUGGGCAGACCUACGUGCCUACGGAAUCAGUCGACCACGAACUACUCGAGCGCCAACAUUCAACUAUGCAUCAUUUUUACGCAUUUAUGAGCCAAGUUCAAUAUUUGUAGCGGCCGGUGCAUGGCUUAAACACAAAACAAAUAAUCCAACCGAACGUCAGUUGAUCAGACGACGAGCAUUGUCCAUCGCUUUGUGUCGACUGUUUCUUGCCGAAGCAACAGCUAUAAAGGCAGUUUUCUACGAUUUAUACGAGGAUCCGGAAUUUGUGAGAUCAAUUUUUUUGGAAGUUCAAGCGAAAAAUGGCCUAUUCAAAAAUAUCAAUCAAUUGAGCUUAAUCGGAAUUACAGAUAACAAUGAGGACAUGAAUUUUUUGGAAGGCUUGGCUGAAACCUGUCAUUUUAUUCGUGGCAUUACUCUCGUGAUGGAUGACUUGAAGGGGAACACAAGCAAAGUGAUUAGCAAUUUAGUUUCGAGACAGAAUUCGCUACAAUGGAUCAGAAUCAUCUUUGGAUUUCUUCCGUCUCUGAAAAUGAUCCUCGACUCACUCAAGUAUUGUUCCGAUACCCUACGGUCUGUCGAAUUUCACGACACAAACCUUGACGUGUUUAAUAAUGAGAACGUAAUCAAUGGCUUGUUCGCGUGUGAGAAUCUUAUCUGCCUGGAUUUUUGCGAUUGCAUAGGAUUAGAGCAACAACCUUGGGUCGAAAUGGCCAAAUGUUUUAAAAAAUUGGAAUUGCUACGGAUCAUCCUCAGACUAACAGAUCCAAUACCAGUUCCGUUUAUAAAACAAAUUAUCGAAGCUAGCCGUAAUCAUCUACAAUAUCUCCAAGUGGGAUUUUCAGACUUGGCUGACUGUUAUUACGAUGACACCAAAUACACAAAGGAAAUAGUUGAUUUUAUCCGUAUGAAUCCACCACCUAAUCUUCGCGGAAUCGUGUUGGAAGGAUUAAAUACUCCCGACGCACUCACUUUGCUAGCAACAUGCAAGAAACUUGAGCAUAUCAGCUUAAAUGUUUUAAAUUCUCAAAACUUAUUUAGUGUAUUGAAAGAAAGGGUUCCUCCGACUUUAAAGUCGCUUGAGAUUGUCUGUCCAUAUUCCGGCAUAAAUAGGGACUCGAAUCCUAACGCUGAUGAAGAAUUUCGUGAUUUCUUGGAUGCCACUCAAAAUCACCUGAAAUUUCUUUCAAUCCAUGAUAUUGAGUUUGUCAAUUAUCAUAUAAAUCUCGCCGUCAAAUACAGAAUAAAGAUGAUUAACAUCCCUGCAAGCAUUGAGAAACAAUCCAUUAAUAAAGUCGUCGCUGUUUAUGUACUCGAUUACAAUUGGCCAUAUUACUCCAAUGCUAUGCUGUUAAAUGUCUCGUCAUUAGGAAACAAACAACUUGAACAUGGUAGGAAACUCAUUGUCGAACGUAAUCUCAGCCAGAACGCAAGACUUAAAGCACAAAAUGUUACCUCGGUGUUUGUGACUCCAACACCGGGAAUCAUCAACUGCACGCUGCAUGUAUAUCCCGAAUCUGUUGUGCUAAACUGA